AUGAAGGAUAUUACACAUGAAACGAUGCAGAAGAGUACGUGCAGUGCAACGGAGGGAACAACUCGUAGCAUAGCGCAGACUCAGAGUCUGCAGAUGUCCAAGGGCGCGAACAUAUCACCAUGUACUACAUGUAGUGGAGAUCUGGUUAACGCUGAGCAGUCAAUGGGUAGUGAUAAAAUAAUAGGCAGUGAUGCGACUGGGAAUAGAGGCAAGGUAGUGCGUGGCGGAAGGUUAGUGGCCAAGCGCAGCAGAUUAAGGCAUGUGAUGAGCAAUAUAAUGGAUGAGAAUCAGGUGGAUUAG